GUGACUCUAGCUUUAUGCCAGUCUACCUACGCUUACGGUCUCAAGGCAACCAUCCUAGCGGAUACGAACCGCGACGGAAAGGUUGAUGUCAAGGGCGACUCUGACAUCAAGGCCAAGACAACUUGGACGCCUGAGAGAGGAGCCUUGUUUCUUGCCAACAUUGGCGAUACGAACCAGCGAUGUUCCAAGAAAUGGCCUUCCAGUCAGGAAAUCCCCUUUGAAGAUGGCGAGACCUACUUGGAUGAGUGCAACGAUGCUACCGACAACGUGCAGCGCAACCCUAAGUACCUCGCUCCCCUACGAACGCUCCCCAUUGCGAAGCUCAGUGCUUCUGCUAAGGGCAAGGUUCAUGUCACGAACAAGGUUGCCGCUAGCAAGGUUCGCAUCUUUGUCAAGGAGGGAAAUGAGUGGACGUACGUGGGUGCCAACUACACCUUUACAGCUGAGGACCUCAAGGGUGGUCUUGAGCUUGGCAUUGAUGCUCGUGAUAUCCGUCGACCCAAUGGUUGGGACGGUAAAGCUCAAGUUCAUUUUACUGUCUCGGACGGAAGUCAGAAGGCUACUGAUUCUGUUGCUUUGCGGGUUGCUCCUGUCUUGACGCAUCACCAUGCACAGCUCGCUGAAAGAGUGUUUAGCACUGGUGCUGAUGGAGACGGUGCUCAGGGCAGAUUCGUUGCCGACUUGCAAGACAAUACUGCUGCUGCGGGCAUUGAUGAACCUGUCUUUUUGUUUGGCCAUGGCGAUAUCUGGACUCAGGACUUUUUUGAGCCUGGAUACACGAGCAUUCCUGGACCCGAUGGACCUAUUGUUCUUCGAGUCAUGAUCCGUUCUGUGCAAGCUUCUCGUUCUUCCGGUCGAGAUAUCUUCCACCAGCUCCGCAACGACAAAGUUGGUGCUGUGCAGCACCAUGGAGACGGCGACACCAUCGACUCUACUGGUAACCUGGAGACGAUUCCUCCUUACAAGUACAAGGGGAAGAGCUACCCCGCGGGCCGUGUCAUCCAGGGCCAGUGGGAGGGACGAAAGCCCCUCAUGUUCAACUUUCUUACGGCCCAGCAAGUUCAAGAUCCCCUUGCUCUCGACACGGCUUGGCUCGCUGUCGGUCAUGUUGAUGAGUUUCUUCAGUUUCUGCCUGCUGACAAUGAGCGGGGAUGGGUCGUUGUCGUUGAUGAUCCUGUUGCUGGUGUGGAACUUCUCAAGAAGGCUUCCAAAGAGGGACAUGGAAGCAUGAAGGCUCUCUCGCGACCUCAUCUUCCUGGUGAGGACCCGGUUCAGUACUGUCUUCCUAAGGAGACCAUCGAUCAGGUUCUUAAGCUGGAGAAGUUUGAGAGCAUCAACCAGAUGGCUGCCAAGCGUAUUGAGGGAAACAUUGCUAUUCUCAAGCGUGAGACAGGUCUUACUGAUGAUGAGAUUCUUCGCGUUCCUGCGACGUUUUACUACGCGUUCGCUGAGGGUUGGACGUGCAGUAUCAACCCAAACUCGACCGCCGGUCCUACGUUUGGGCCUACUCCCAUCCCUACUCCUGACCCCUCUGCAACCCCGAGCCCUUCCAAGCUCAGCGCUGGCUCUUCCCUUAGCAAGAAGGCUGUUAGUGGUGGCCCUGUCUUCAAGGCCAAGUCUAUCAUCGAGGCAGCUCAACCCCAUGGUCCUGUUCAGCUUGGACGACGUGAGGUGGACCCCGAGACCCAGCUCGUUGCCUUUUAUCCAGGCACAGUCAACGGUGUUGUCUUGGCAGACUCGUUUGUCCUCGCUCCUAACCCUUGGGGUCCGGUCAUUGAUGGAGAGGACAUUAUCGCCAAGGCUGUGCAGGAGACGUACGCGAAGGCCAGCUUCAACGUGACAUUCCAGGAUGACUGGUUCUCUCAUCAUCUGGGCAUGGGAGAGGUUCACUGCGGCACCAACACGUGGCGAACUACGGACACCAAGUGGUGGUGA